AUGACCGAUAAGACCAAAUCUUCGUCGACAACUACGCCGACGACAUCGACGUCGUCUUCCAUCGGUCCGUCGAUUCAUUCCAGGAUUCCGGCCUUGCAUGCAUUUGAUCCUCGGACGACCACUUGGGAACGUUAUAGAGAUCGCAUGUGUUUUUACUUCAAGGCCAACCAGACAGAUCACGAUGAUGACAAGAAAUCUUUGUUUUUGUGGUCUGUAGGUGAUGCGACGUAUCAUUUGCUUCAAUCGUUAAUUUCGCCGAAAUCAUCGACAGAUGACACGGUUACUUGGGUUGAUAUUCUUACAACGCUAGACACUCAUUACGAUACAAAGAAGAAUAUCAUGACGUCCACUUAUGAUUUUUAUUCGUGUCAUCAGAAAGUUGGUCAAUCGUUUGCCGAAUGGAAAGAAGAACUUUGUGACAAAUUGCGUUAUUGCGGAUUUACCACGCCAACGUUGAAAGAUAAACCUCAGGAUCGCGCGUUGCGUGAUGCCUAUGUUAUCGAAAUUCGUAGUCAAAAAAUUCGACAAGCGUUANACCUUAUUCAACAAAAAUGGUAUGUUUAUUUUGCUGCAACAACCUGUGAUGGAAACAAUGCUAAUCAUCGCAUGUUCGUCUUGGAAAAUGAAAAUGAAGAUCCAUUUCAAGGUGAAUUUCAGUUUCGAGGACAAUUAACAGAUGUGACCAAUAAAUGGGCAAUUGAUGGAACGGUAUUCGAACAUCCACUGACAAAGGAGUUGUAUUCCAUAUGGUCUGGAUGGGAAGGAGAUGUUGAUGUCAUGCAAAUUCUUUACAUAGCUCAUAUGUCAAAUCCGUAUACAAUUGACUCCAAACGUGUAGAAAUCGCUAGGCCUACGUUUGCAUGGGAAACUAACCAUUCUCCACAUGUCAACGAAGGACCCGAAGUGAUUAUUUACAAUCAAACUAUUAACCUUGUAUUUUCGGCUUCUGGAAGCUGGACAAAUGAUUAUUGUAUGGGUUUAAUCACUGCUCAUAUCGAAGCCAAUCUGAUGGAUCCAGCAUCGUGGAAAAAACGUUCUGAACCUCUUCUUAAAAGUGAAAAUGGUUUGUUCGGGCCAGGUCAUGGGAGUUUGACUAGUGAUAAUUGGCUUGUUUUCCAUACAGCAGCAUACAAUGGCUCCGGAUGGACACGACAGAUUCGACUUCAACUAUUCUCGUGGAAUAAAGAGGAUGGAACACCAAUUUUCACUGAGCUUUCUGAUCCUAAUAAACCGAUUACUCUACCUCAAAAUGAACCCCAACGCCACCGGUAUCAACUAGACGUGCCAGUUCAUCACGCAACAUUCAAUGUGGAAGCUCACAUGACGGGAUUCCAUACUAUCGUAAUACAAGUUCGUUCUAAAGAGCGCACUCAAACAACGAAUUAUUUAAUCAUCAUCAAUAACAGUACUACUUAUACAAUGGAUGUUCUGUACUCCGACAAUUGGAGUUCAAUUUUUAUUUCUGUGCAAUUACAAAGUGGACAAAAUACGAUUGAUCUUACGAAUAUUGGUGCUACACCAGGUGAGAUAUAUUCAUUAGAUUUAGUUUCAACGAGCAACAAUAGAUCCCAUACUACAGGACUAUCUAUCUUACUAUUUUGUCUAUCCUUUUUAAUACAUUUUCAAUAA